AUGGCGAAGCACACAAAGUUCGAAAGCAGUGACGAAGAACUGGAUACUCACAAAAAAAGGUGCUUUUCCGAUUUUUGAUAUUUUCCUUUUACGUUCUAGUUUUCAGGAAAGAAAGAAAGAGUCCAGCUGAAGAAAAGCACGAGCACAAGGAGAGAAGUCAGAAGAAGGACAGAAGAGACCGUGAGCGAUCGCCAGAUAGGAGGGAUGUCGAAAAACCGGUAUGGGCUGAUUCCCUGAAAUUUUAGCGAUUUAUUUGUAGAAUAGUGUAAUUUAUAGAAUUUAUACGGCUUGUAAACUUGUUGAAAGUAGGUUUUUUCGAAAAUGUUUUGUAAUCAGACACGGAAAUUCAUGAAUUUCUCUCUAAAAAGUUCUCUCUAAAAAGUUCAAUAAAACCCAGUUUUGAACGAAAUAAUUCUUACUGGCUCACAGUUGCUCUGGUGGCAACGAGUCGGCGCUGCAAUUUAGAAGCCCACGCGACGUGACGACAACGAUCGCCGGGAUCGCGAUCGCAGAGAGGAUCGGCAACGCGACCGCGAAUUUGACAAUCGCCGGAGGGAGCGACACGAGCGAGGCGGUGACUUUCGCAGAGAUCGACGGGGGGAUCGUGAUAAGUUUGACGUUCCCCAGGAAUUUCGAAUAAAGUUUCGAAACUUUCAGUGGAGGCAAGUUUGGUCAGAAAUCGUUCGAGAAGAGGUUGAAUCCCGAAGAAUUGGCCCAGCAGAAGAAGUUGUUGUGGGGAUCCAAGAAGGCGGAAAGCGAUACUGCGCCUGAUGUUGGUUUUUCAAACUGCUUAAGUUGUGCAAAAAGUUCAUUAUCUCACCAUUUUUAGGACAUCGUACGCUAGAAAAAUUAAUUAAAACCAAAUUUUGAACUCCUUUUUUAUGUCAAGUUGUUCAUUCCCAUCACUGAUUUUCAACAUUUCAAUUGUCUCAUGUGUUUCUUCCAUUGCAAAAGUAAUAAACUUCCACUUUUUCCUACAUAAGUUUCAUGACAAAACCAUCUUUCCUGUUUAUUUCAUUUUCAUUUCCAGACGUCAGCCAACGACGGCGCCGGCUCUUCCGGAACGACGGCAGCCGUUCCGAAAAACGCCGGCCUCUGGUCGAGCGCUAUCGCCGCCACCGGAGUCGAUGGAAACCAAGCCAACAAGUUCAUGAGGCUGAUGGGCGUCAAGAAUGCUCCGGUUGAAAAGGCGGCGGUUGGUUUUCCAAUAUUUAACGAGAAAUUACAACUAGAAACGAUUUUUGUCAUGUUUUUCUGAUCAUAUGGUUUUUUUAUUCCGACCCUUACAGCUUUUUAGUUUUAAGCCCAAUAUCAAAGUGAAGGAAAAAGUCGGUACAGAAAAAUAAUUUUCUUCUUUAUAUUCCAUGUUUUCUUCUAGUUAAUGAGAAGGUUCCCGAGUUACGCACGGCGUUCCCAAACGGGGGGAGGAGACGUCAAAAAAAUUUUGGCGCGAAAAUUCAAAUCUCAAGUACGCAGCCAAAGGCGAUCGAACGAACAAGUUAUUGACGAUGAAUACUCAGUGUUAUUUAUGACGUAGAAUGACGUCAAUUUAUCCGAAGCGCGCACUUCCUUUUCUGUAAAUUUAGAUAAUUUGACGCCUCGCUCACCUUCCAUCACCCCAUCAAGAACACAUUUUGUAUUGGCUCAAAAAUAAUCUCUUCUAAAAUUAUUUAAAAGAUUCAAAUAUUGUUCUUCGAAUAUCUAUGUUCUUUUUUGUCCUAAUUUUGGCUUAAGUUUUGUUUUUGACGAACUGAAAAGCCAUCAAACUGCAUAGAACGGCCAAAAACUUUACGGUUGUGUCAUUUUUAAGCGGUCGAAAAUACAUUUUCUUUUCUGGUAUUCAAUCUAAAGCCGCAUCCGGCCUUUAACGACUUGCUUAUGGGAUAAGAUGGAUAUAAGAGAAAGUAGCUUUUGGUCAGGAACUGUAGUUAAUGCGCUAGUUCUAAAUGAGCGCGACAUAUUGAGCCAAUUUUUGGUAGCUCCUUGACUUUUUAUAGUGCAUUCCGCGCGAGACAGUCAAGUUUUAAAAUAACAGAAAAAAAAUUCACUGUAAGCUCUACAAAACAGCCUCGGACAUUGGUAACGCGAAACGGACGUGCUCCGGACGUUUCUGGGCGAUUCUAGGGAUCCCUUAAGAGUUCUGAGGCUACUAAAGUGGUCACUAGAAAUGCCCCGACACGUCCGUUUCGCGUCCCGUUCGCGUUACCAAGGUCUGAGAGCUGAGAAGACAGCAAAAAACCAACGCAUUGAAGCGAAGAUGCUCAAUUUUGAUCUAAUUUGGUUCACAGUAUUUUUGACGAAAGGAAAACCGUGACAAUUUCACGCGGAAUGAGCUAUAAAUGAUUAAAAAGCAAGAAAGUAUUAAUUUCUAUUUGAUGACCAUCACAGUGUAAAUAUGAAUUUCAAAAUUCCACUCCAGUAAUAAGUUUUUUUCAAGACCGACGGUAAGAAGAUGGACGAGGAGCGGGUGAAACAGGAAAAACUGAUGCGUGACCUCGACAAGCAGUACGCGAUAGCUCGAGAAUCCACCCACAUGGGCCGUGGGAUGGGCCUUGGCUUUCACUGA